AUGGAUGACUACAACUACCAGGGCCGCUAUGAAGGGUACACCCCCAGUGAUGGCUACUACCGGGGCGGUGACUCCAACCCAGAAGAGGAUGCACAGAGUGAUGUCACAGAAGGUCAUGAUGAGGAGGAUGAGAUCUAUGAGGGCGAGUACCAGGGCAUCCCUCACCCAGACGACAUCAAAGUUAAACAGACCAAGAUGGCGGCCUCCAGGGUCGAUGGCUUUCGGGGCCAGGCAGACAUGAUGGCGGAAAGGAUGGAAGACGAGGAGCAGCUGGCCCACCAGUACGAGACCAUCAUCGAGGAGUGUGGCCACGGGCGCUUCCAGUGGAUCCUCUUCUUUGUCUUGGGUUUGGCCCUGAUGGCUGAUGGGGUGGAGGUGUUCGUAGUGAGCUUUGCUUUGCCCAGUGCUGAGAAAGACAUGUGUCUGUCCAGCGCCAAGAAAGGAAUGCUUGGGCUGAUAGUCUACCUCGGAAUGAUGGCCGGGGCCUUUGUCCUGGGGGGCCUGGCCGAUAAGCUGGGGAGGAAGAGAGUCCUGAGCACCUCUCUGGCCAUCAACGCCUCCUUCGCCUCCCUCUCCUCCUUUGUGCAGGGAUACGGGGCCUUCCUCUUCUGCCGGCUCCUCUCAGGCGUAGGCAUCGGGGGUGCUCUGCCCAUUGUUUUUGCCUAUUUUUCUGAAUUCCUGUCCCGGGAGAAGCGAGGCGAGCACCUCAGCUGGCUGGGCAUCUUCUGGAUGACCGGGGGCAUCUACGCGUCUGCCAUGGCCUGGAGCAUCAUUCCACACUACGGCUGGGGCUUCAGCAUGGGCACCAGCUACCACUUCCACAGCUGGAGAGUGUUCGUGAUCGUCUGUGCGCUGCCCUGCACCGUGUCCCUGCUGGCCCUGAAGUUCAUGCCCGAGAGCCCGAGGUUUCUGCUGGAGAUGGGCAAACACGACGAAGCCUGGAUGAUUCUCAAGCGGGUCCACGACACCAACAUGAGGGCCAAGGGGACCCCCGAGAAGGUGUUUACGGUUUCCAACAUCAAAACUCCCAAGCAAAUGGAUGAAUUCAUUGAGAUCCAGAGUUCAACAGGAACUUGGUACCAGCGCUGGUUGGUCCGAUUCACAACCACUUUCAAGCAGGUGUGGGACAAUGCUCUCUACUGUGUGAUGGGGCCCUUCAGGAUGAACACGCUGAUUCUGGCAGUGGUCUGGUUCACCAUGGCGCUGAGUUACUACGGACUGACAGUUUGGUUCCCUGAUAUGAUCCGCUAUUACCAAGAUGAAGAAUACAGAUCGAAAAUGAAGGUAUUUUUCGGGGAACACGUGUAUGGUGCCACAAUCAACUUCACGAUGGAAAAUCAGAUUCACCAACAUGGGAAACUUGUGAAUGACAAGUUCACAAAGAUGUAUUUUAAGCACGUAGUCUUCGAGGACACGCUGUUUGACAUGUGCUCUUUUGAAGAUGUUUCAUCUACUGACACCUAUUUCAAGAACUGCACCAUCGAGUCAACCACCUUUUAUAACACGGACCUCUACAAGCACAAGUUUAUCAACUGCCGCUUUAUCAAUUCCACCUUCCUGGAGCAGAAGGAAGGCUGCCACAUGGACUUCGAGCAAGAUAACGACUUCCUGAUUUACCUGGUCAGCUUCCUCGGCAGUCUGUCUGUCUUGCCUGGGAACAUCAUCUCUGCUCUGCUCAUGGAUAGAGUUGGAAGGCUCAAGAUGAUCGGCGGCUCCAUGCUCAUCUCUGCUGUCUGCUGCUUCUUCCUCUUCUUCGGCGACAGCGAGUCGGCCAUGAUCGGCUGGCAGUGCCUGUUCUGCGGGACCAGCAUCGCUGCCUGGAACGCCCUGGAUGUCAUCACGGUGGAGUUGUAUCCCACCAACCAGAGGGCAACAGCCUUUGGCAUCCUCAACGGGCUCUGCAAGUUUGGCGCCAUCCUGGGGAACACCAUCUUUGCUUCUUUUGUUGGGGUCACCAAAGUGGUCCCCAUCCUCCUGGCGGCUGCCUCGCUCGUCGGGGGCGGCCUGAUCGCCCUCCGCCUGCCAGAGACGCGGGAACAGGUCCUGAUGUGAAGGCGCUGUGGGCAGGGGCGUGUCAGAGGAGCCUGGUCCUGGAACCUAAAUGCGCUCACACCUCCUGUCUGUCACUACCCCGGGGACCCCAGGAGGAGGAGUGGCUCUGUGACCCCCUCGCUCAGACCCAUGUCAGCUGUCAAUAUGCUUGUAACUCAGGUGACUGACUUGGGGCGUCCUGCACUGCCCCUGGGAUACAGAUCUGCGUGCUGGCUUUAGGUGACCCUAGCCCAAGGCCGGGACGGUCCUUGAAGCCCAGAGGACCUGGGCUUGAAGUACAGGAUGGGCGUUGUCGCAUUGAAAAGUGUCACCCACCCUAGUUUCCACCUGAAAACUGGCACAGGAGCGUUGAAGCUAAUCCCACACAGAAACCAGACCUCGGAGCCGGCUGUAGAAGCCGACCUCCCCUCGCCCCAGAAGUGCUCAGCUUUCCUCGAGGACUUGGUGAGGAAUUUAAGAAUGACACAUAUUACUCCUCUUUCCAUCUGGUCAAAGAAACAUCAAGACAGUGAUUCUGUGAGCCGACUCUGGUCAAGACGGCGUCCGCACGGAACUUGCAGAAACGGUCUCUGCUAACAUUUGCCAGCAUUUUAGCCAUCCUUGGGGAGGACUUGGGGUUCAGGGCCCCACAAAACUGGGUCUGCCUCGAGCGGACGCAGGACGGUUCCCAAGUGGAAAACUCCACGGGAGUGGCCCUCGCAGCCCAACUGUCCAGUCCCGAGCCCAGGCGGUGCCCCUGGCAGAGUGGACGCCGCCGCUUACACACAGUGCGUGAAACCGAGCUUCUGUCUCUACUCGCGUUUGGAGUGCUGCUCACCCCGACACAAAAGGAGCCUUACUCGGCCACCUCCGGUGCUCGCUCUGGGGGAGAACAGAUCCUGGCGGCCACAGGCGCCCAGCGAGGGGGGGAAGGAUGGCCGGGGCCCCCCAGUGUGCACUUCCCAUCUCUCUUGGCAGGAAAACACGACGCGUUUGCUCUAACAAUCAGGUCCCACGAGACAUCUGGCCUGUGCCUCGCUGAGUGUGGAGGUGGCUGCAGUGAGCUCGGGGCUGCUCUGGUGUCCAAGCUCUGAUUUGCGGCAUUAUCUUCACGGGGCCUUAAACCGACCACCGAAGCCCUGGCCGUCAGCCACCGUCCACCAUCAGGUGAGGACGGUCUUCUGCAGCCCUGGCCGCAUCUUCACGCGGUCCGGGGAGAUGGCCGCCGGCCUCCCAGAAGACGAGCCGUCCGGCCGGGGCUUCUCUUCCGUCCGGCCGCGGCUUCUCUCCCACUGCGCGUUUGGCUCUGAGAAACUCCGAUGGCACCCGCGGAGCGUGAGAGGAGGGGGCUGUCCAUCGCUGAACAAGCCUGCUCCGAGUUCAUGAUGCAUUUCCCGCAGCCCAGCGUGGGGGGCAUUGCUUUAAAUCGUCUCAACUGUGUGGUGGUGUCUCUUGAUGCUGAUUUUCGAUCUUUUGCUUUAUUGGAAAUAAUUAGUGAAAGGGAUAUGCCUAUCUGUGAAGUUUAUAGCAUUAGCCCAAGGUCAUGUAAAAAAAUAACCUCAUUCCCAGGGCUCUCUGGGGCCUUGUAUUAGUUCGUUAAUAUUAAUAAUAAAAAUCAUUGUAAGCAAA